CCAUUGUAGCUUUAUUUUAUAGGGGGUUUUGCGCAGGACAUAUAUAUCUCCGCCUCCCUUUUCUUUGUGCAUUUCGUCAUGGUCCAACCAAACAAUCGAGUGUACCCUAUCGUAUGGAUUUCUCGAGAGAAGUACGAGGGACUCAAGAAUCAAUUGAAUAAGCUUGCCGAUUCUACCAACACAGACAUCACUUUCGAAGUAGAAGAACAAUUUUUUGAAGUAAAAGGACGUUCGACAAAAAGCACAGAAACAGUCACGAAUCUUAUUGUCGAAAAAUUGAUAUCGCACUUGUAUCGCGAUAUUGACCUGCUACAUGAUACUCAGCCAAAUCUGGCAGAUUAUUUGGCCACAUCCUCCACGAUCUCUCGAUCAUUCUCUACUGAUCAAAAGCGUCCAGCAUCUCCAGCACCCAAUCAAGAUGACGACGAUGACGACGAUGAUGGCGACGACAGCUAUAGUGACGAUUCAGAAUAUAGUUAUUCUGAUGACUCGUUGGACUAUAUGAGCUCGAAAAAGAACAAGACCAAGACUAAAAAGGCAAAAGAGGUCCAGAAUAAAGCGAUGCAGAAAAAAAAAGAUGAUAAACACGAUACUUUUACAUUUGCUCGAAACGUCAAGGACCCGUUGGAUAUUCUCUUCGGCCCACCUUUCGAAGCUAUGGCGGCAGCUGAUUAUCUCUAUGUCGUUGGCCAGUAUACCGAAACUGAAUGUAGUCUUGAUAAGCAACGAACCAUCCAAAUUUUUGGCUAUGAAGAUGCUAAUGUACAAUCCGCAAUCGAAAUGUUCAGAUUUUUACAAACACUCUACAAACGUAUCCGACGACCAACCAUUGUUGUACCAUGUUUGCAUUACCGCUCAGAAGCAGAGUAUCAACUUUAUUUUUGUGAUCUACAUCAAUAUGCGGACGAAUCCUACGUAGCACUACCCAGAAACUUUCGAGGCCCUGCUUACAUCCUGAUACCUUCGUUCAAGGAUCCCAAAUCCGGUCGUUUCAUGCGCCCACGAAGCCUUCAGGAUUCAUCACAAAUUUUAAACUCUCCUGGCAAGCAGCAAAAGCCCUCGGAAAACUCGCCGUCAAUCUAUGACCAACUCGAUGAACGCUUCGGUCGCGUUCAAAUGUCAUCACCUGUCAUGUCACCAUCAACUUCGUGGUCAUCAGGCCAACUUACUGGACGUACAAACGCACCGCAAGGUCAAAAUGUGUUGUGGGGCGAACAAAAGUAUACUGUCAGCCCAAGCAAUUCUUCAGGAAGAGGUCGUGGUCGUGGCCGCGGUGGCAAUUCACCGGCUACCACACCAGCAGAACGUCCGAGAUGGGGUGCACCGCCGCCUGGUUCCGUCACAAACGAAGAUUUUCCUUCUCUUGGUGGUGGAUCGCCUGGCCGUGGCGGAGGGCAGUCGCAGCAACAACGUGGCAGGGGAUGGAACACAAACAACACUAAUGGACGUGGCCGGCGAGUGAUGCGUUUAACACCUCAGAAAUCCUCAAGAGGCGGCAGCCCAAGUCCUCCAAAGAGCAUGUUAGCUAUGGCGAAAGAAUACAACAUGCACAAUAUUAGAGAGGGUCUAACAGAAGGUCUGGAAACUGCCCGGCAAUUCCGCGGAGAAGUGACGUUAGUGGCAAAACUUGGCAAAGUUCUAUGGAGGGAUAUACCAGACAGCUUUGAAAAGUCCAAAAUUUGGCCAUACACCGAGAUCAAGGAUGUUUGUAUGAAGGAGCACAAGAUUCGGCCAUGCUUCAAUAAUGUCUCCAUUACCAACCAGGAUCUUGCUGCGAAAGUCUGGAGAGCAGUCGAACAACAGUGUGGUCAAGCACGACAUUCAAGCUUCUUUGAAAUCCAUGUUAAAAGUCGUGCAAAGAUGAACGAAUCCUACAAACCGGCCGUCCUGUAUACAGAAAGUUCCACAGGAAAUUUCUUUAAAGUACAUCUUCAACAGCAUGUUCUGACUGAAGUCGAUUGGGUUUCAUUGGACGAGAAAUUUGACUUCCAGAUGGCUUUGACAGUGAAAGAGGUUGGCAGAAAGGAAGUAUCACCCUUCAAGCCUUUCAUUCGACGAAUUGCUCUUCGACCAUCAGCAAAUGGAAAGACCAACGACCUAUCGUAUCAAGACAUUGGAAACGGCGGACUGCUCCAAGUUCAAAAUGUCAUCCAUAAGCAAGUAGCAAAGUUUCGUGCAGCACCCAACGUUAUUGUCCAGAUGACGCGAUCCGAGCUUCUCGACAAGGAACUCGAGUCCGCAGGCUCGGACGCGAAAUACGUUGCGAGAAUAGGAUCGGGAUCAGUCAGUUUCGACAUUGAAUUCAUCUAUACUCCUUACGAGGAAAUCUUCAAGGAGAACAUUAACAAACCGAUCUUCAAGGACGCAAACUGGACGGUAGACGAUGUCUUUGGAAAAAACAAUCAAACGUUUGGAAAGUUCAUUGUGACGAUUCUGCAAACCAUGAACGUUGUUGACAGGGCAUUAGAGAGAGAAUAAAAAGGACGAACAAGCACAAUGAUGAGAAAAAGAGAAAAGAUUGGAUAGUAUAGUAUAGUAUUCCAUGAGAAUCUUGUAAUGUUGGCCUCUUUCUAUCAGUGUUACCCAAAGAUAUAUAACGACGGUUGUUGCACCGCCACCGGACCGAGGCAGAAUACUCACGCUUCCCUCUCUGACAGGAUUCUGGGUGCUGGACAGAGUCAUGAGUCCACAACAACGAAAGUG